AACAUAACGAGGGUUUGAAUGAAAUUCUUUCUUUUUCUUUUUCUUUUUUAAAUUUAAAUUUCAAUGAAACUAGAAAGUAAUGAUGUCAAGAGAGUCAUUAGCCCAUACAUGAGGGAUGCUUUAAUGUCUAAGCUUUUAUAUGAAUGAUAAGUAGAGAACAGUUAAGGUUAAAGGAUCAGUCUUUUCCCUUUUUAGACUUUCAUAAUUCACAUGCUUGUUUAUAUAGGGUUGACGGUGCAACUAGUAAAGGGACACUAAUGUAUUUUUUUGUAUUUGUGAGAUGCAAGGUUGUAGCCUGAACUAUCACUUUCUUUCUCUCUUCAUACCCUCUUUUCCUCUCCACAACCCUCACAUUUACAGCAUGACAAUGAAUUUCUUGAUUUGGCCAUAAAUUAAGGCUUUUUGACUGGGAUAGGGUCUAAGAAUGGGUGUUUUGAUAGAUAUUAUGAUUUUGAACUGAUGAUGCAAUAAAUUAGAGGCAGCUCCUUUUCUAUGUGGAAGAAUACUUUAGUUCCUGCACAUAAGUUGUAUAUUUUCAGAUAUUUGUGACUGGCAUGAUCAUAUUUGGAGUUGACCCUCUAGCAUUGAGGGAUGUGAUUGAACACACAAAUGCAAUUGAGGAUAACGAACUGGACAUUCCUGGCUUGGAAAAGUUAAGCGAAAUUUUUUUCGAAGAUAUUGCUCAGAACCAAAGUGAAGGUUUUGGAUGUAUAUUCUUUUUUCUUAUAAAUUUUCCCAUAAUUUUUUUGGCUAGCAUUCCUCUUUCCCAGAAGCUAUUUUUUUGGGCCUAGUCUAGUUUGUAGCUUCCACCUUGUUUUUCAUGGUUUGUGGAUAUUAAACUGCAUAUGGUAUUUUCAGCCUUGCAUAAUUAUGUCUGUUUACCUCUUUUCAAUAAAUUUCUCUCUGGAUCAGCUUAUUAUAGCUUAAUAAUUGAACUACCUUUUAUCCUUAUUGAAUUAAGUUAGGGAUGGAAAAUGUAGGGAUGGUUUUGCCUUUUUAUUCUCCACAUAAUCAGAAAAGCCAGAGAUAAUAAAAGACAUAAAAAGAA